AUAUAUGCACUUAUGAGCAUGCGAAAUUGAGGCUGGCAAAUUUUGAAUCCUUUUAUCAUUAUAGUGGGUGUGUGACUCUGCUAUGAAUCAUUUCAUUUUUGAGAACAGGUAAGAAAAUUUGAAAGGCAAGACUAGACAGUAGGCAUUUUUACUGCUGGAUCCUCUAAAAUUAGGUGCCCGAGGUGGGUAUUAAAAACUUGAUCUUUAUAGACGUGGAUAAUCACGAAGUGGGCACAUUUGAUUGAUGUAAAGCAAUGAGAAAGUGUAAGAAAGUGUAAAUAUUGAUGUAAAGCAAUGAGAAAGUGUAAGAACCAGCUUAGGUUGAUAUGCUAGUUGUUAUAAGCAGCUUAAACCUUGAGUUUCUUUACAGAUGUUAUGACAAUGAUUUUGCUGUCUAAGCUGAGAUUACCGAACUGCAGUCAGAAAGCUACUGUCUUGAUAGUGCUUCCUAUGGUAUCUUCGGCAAAAUUUGGCACUGGUAGCAUCUGGUUUCAGCUGACUGUGUCCCUGAUAUUUUCAUGGCUGCUGGAGUUUUUGGCCAGAUUGAUGUGCAUACCGUCACAAUAAAUUCUCCUUCCACUGGUGUUUCCUUUACACAUACUGUGCCUCAUGGGGCUGAAAUCUCACGUUUCAGUGGUAGUCCUGCUCCACUAGAUGGUUAUCCGGAAUCUUCAAUCAACAAGCCAGCAGAUUGCAAUUCCCUCAAAGAUGUACACAUUUCAGCUAGGUUGCUGGAAGAUUUUCUUGACCUUGCGAUUGAGAACACCAAAAACAGUUUAGAGACCUGUGGAGUUCUUGGUGCCUGCCUUGAAGAGAGGAACAUCUAUGUGACCAAUUUGAUAGUGCCUAAACAAGAAUCCACACCCAACUCUUGUCAAGCUUUAAAUGAGGAGGAGAUAUUUGCCAUACAAAGUCAACAGUCCCUUGUUCCGAUUGGAUGGAUUCAUACGCAUCCUUCCCAAAGCUGCUUCAUGUCAUCAGUCGAUUUGCACACUCAAUAUUCAUAUCAGGUUAUGGUACCUGAGGCUGUUGGCAUUGUUCUGGCUCCAAAUGACGAGUCAAGGAAAUAUGGCGUAUUUAGACUGUCUGACCCUGUUGGGAUGAGCAUCCUGAAGGAGUGCAAAGAGAAGGGAUUUCAUUCUCAUGCACAACCAGCUGACGGAAGUUCCAUAUAUGAGAACUGUUCCAAUGUGUAUAUGAAUCCAAAUCUGAGAUUGGAAGUAUGUGAUUUACGAUGAGGCUGCCGUGACAUCUUGCCUUCUUUCGUCAUUCAUUCUAUGUUUUGUGGAGUAUUAAAAUACUCAAAAACAGACUACGGUGCAGGACAGGAUACAUAUGAUCAAACACUAAAAAGAAAAGUGGAUGAAUGCGGAAGAAAGUGGUUACAUUCAGAAGGGCACGUUUCUGUGUGUGGUGUGUUAUUUCUGUGUGUGGUGUGUUAUGUUUAAGAUGGCAGUGAACUUGAUUUGUGUGUAUAUUACAAUGUAGCUGAAGCUUUCAGAAAGUUUCUGAGGAAUGGAACUUUUUAUCGUGGUGUAACAUGUGUUUGUCUUCUUCCCUGGAUACUUCUUGGUGUUCUUUGUUUUCCUCCUCGUCACUUGAUUUGAUGUUUCUGGCCUCUUGUGCCGUAGGACCAAGAAUUUGUGCCUCGGUGGUACUGUAGCCAUGAUCUAGUUUUUUCAACAAUAUAACUCAAUUUGUAUUAGCAA